ACAGCUAGCUGCAUUACGUCACAACGGCAGCGUCCGAGUCCGUCGUCUGGUGUCAUUUUUUUGACGACUUUUCGUCAUCUAAUAAUUGUAAUAACCAACCAAUAGUUAAGCUGAGCGGCUUGAGAAGUGACAACCAGGUGUAUAGACAUGGCGGAAAGGGAUGUCGUUUUAGGUGCUGGCUUGGUGUCCAGCUGCGUGGCCCGCCUUGGACGCUUCAACACUGGACUUCAGCACCCAUACUACCACGUGGCGCUUCCCGGUCGCAAGCUGAGGGACAUCUCAGUCUUGUCAAAUUAUGUUCACCUCCAAAAGCUGGAGCUGUCAAACAACAGAAUUACAGAUCUAUCCUGUGUGAGCCACAUGCCCUUCCUCGUCAUCCUGGAUGUCUCUCACAAUGAGAUCUCGGAUUUCUUUGGCUUCGAUCCCCCGAAGAACCUGAAGGAGGUCAAUUUCUCCUACAACAUUUUGACACAAAUGAAGGACAUGUCGGCCUAUGAGGCGCUCGUCAAGCUAGAGCUGGACCACAACCGGCUGAAGCGGAUCCACGGUUUAGAGAAGUGCUGCAAAUUGACCUAUCUCAGCGUGGCGCACAACACCAUCACCAGCAUCUGCAGUCUGGACGACGUUCCGCUUAAAGACCUCAACCUGAGGGGCAACCAUUUGACAAGCACGGAAGGUCUGGAGAACCUGAAGAGGAUACACACUCUGGAUCUGUCCGUGAACCGCAUCAGCAGUCUCGCUGGCCUCAACAACCUCCACCUACUGGGCUCUAUCAACCUGGAAAGAAAUCAGAUUUCUGAGAUUAAGGAGUGUAAGCACAUUCAGAGUCUUUUCCUGCUGAGGGAAUUGAAUCUUUUGGGGAACCCUGUACAGGAGAAGCCAAAGUACCGGCUGUCGGUAGUCUUCCUCAUCCAGCAUCUGACCCUGUUGGACCAAGAGAAAGUCACCAUAGAAGAGAAGGUGUUGUCCAUCAACAAGUACGACCCGCCGCUGGAUGUGGUGGCGGCCAGAGAUCACAUGACCCAGCUGAUGUAUCAGCUGAUGCAGCCUCAGCACCUCUAUGACACCACUCUCCCCAGCGCUGACGCUCCAUAUCCGAUGCUUGUUCUAACCGGCCCGCAAGGCUGCGGGAAAAGGGAGAUGGCCCAUCGCCUUUGUGAGGACUUUGAAGACUUUUUCGCAUACGGGGUCAGCCACACCACCAGGGAGCCCUACUUUGGCGAGGUGAACGGCAGCGACUACCAUUUUGUCAGCGAGGAAGAGUUUGAGCUACUCGUGCAAAGGGGGGCUUUCCUCCAAACUGUCCAGUACGGUGGCCACAAGUACGGUCUGAGCAGGGACGCCAUCGAAGAUGUCGCCCGGGAAGGACUGGCGUGCUGCGUGCAAAUGGAGCUGGAGGGCGUGCUGAGUCUAAAGAAGAGCAUCUUUGAGCCCCGCUACAUCCUGCUCAUCCCCACCAUAGCGGAAAACUACAAGGCCAUGCUGAGGAGUCGAAACCUCUACACUGACGCCCAGAUCGAGGCGGCCUUGUCGCGCAUCGAGCUGUAUGACAACUUCAACAGGGAGCGGCCCGGCUUCUUCAACAACGUCAUCCGUUGCGAUUACUGGGACAGAGCCUACCGCAUGUUGGAGCGGGUGGUGAAGAACUACCUGUUGCUCGAAGACCAGGAAGAAGAAGCCUCAGGCGAGGAUAAGGAAGAGGAGCCCCCCACGGAGCAGCAAAGGUCGGACUCAUCCGCACCGCCCGACCCAGCUACAUCUUCCCUCAACCCCUCAGAGCCCCUUGACAUAAACUCUUGCACCCACGGCCAGCAGCAGCUCGCCCCCAGCAAGACUCCGGCUGAGCUGGCUUCCAUCCGCAGGCGGGAGCAGCCGGUGAGAGAGGCAGUCGUGGGGAAGAGUCCGGGGGUCUACAGUUGGCUCAUCAGAAGCUCAGAUGAAUCUCCAGGACACUCAGCGGAUACGAUUAAAGGUGACAAGCAGCCGCACCAAGCGCCGGCCGGCAUCACGCCCCUUUCUGACAGGCGGCCCGGAUCCGGCAUCAAACCCGUCUUGCCUCCGAUCCCGCCUGAACGCAAGACCCCGCAAGUCGGUAGCCCUCUGCCAUCGCUCAGCCGCCGCCACCGCCGCCACGUCCAGGCCAGCACGCAAGGAUAGCAUCACGGUUCUUAAAGACAAGAAGGCACACUGUGAUUCAUUUUAAUUUUAACAGAGCAUGAGCGAGUGACAACUGACUGCAUGACGGCACAUUUCUUACUCUCCUCGCACAUCCAUCAAUAGCUCUGCUCCAAAACAAACAAUUGUGCCUCGUCUUUCCAUGCUGCCUAUGCGCAAACAUGUCAGGAUACGUUUUAUUUUUAUUUUUUUUAAUGACCCAGUCCUAUACUUUGGGUUGCAAUUUUAAUGGGUCAUCAAAGCUAAGAUUGCAGUUUUAACGAGUAUGACUGUGUGUGCGCGUACACGUCAAUUCGGCUUUCAAACAAGGGUUUCAAAGUGUUAACAGGGAGGCGCACCUGGCCAUCCAUCAAUGUCUGUCUUGCUCUGGAGGCAGCAGAUGUUACAGGGCCGUCAUAAUUCUUUGGCAGAUAUUGUCUGCAUGCCUGGGCCCCCCCCCGAGAUCUAACCUAGUUACACCGCAGUCGGCGCCGCUUUCUACAAAGUCAGUGUCCACAAUCAGUGGCCUUUGUAUACAAGGGGCAGCGGCUAUUUAAGUCUUUACACACAGUACGAGGAAAACUUGUACUCUCAUUCCGUGGUGGAUUUUUUAUUUAUUAUUUUUUUGUCUGUACAAAAAAAAAAAAAAAAAACGCUAACUGCUGUUUCACUGGCAGUGGGGAUCUGCUGGAAAACAGCAGGACAGGGGGAAUUACAGGAAGAUAAGACAAAGAAAUAACUGCAAUCUAAUUGACUCGCAUGAAAAUAAAAGGCAUAUUUGAAUUAGAACGAACAGCUUUUUCCAUCAGCGCUAUCUACUGGAUCUGGUGAGCCAUUGUGCCCUUUGCCAUUAAAUGGAUAUUUUGGCUAGUUAA